CGCUGUUGUUACGGUUGUGAAGUGUGCGCGUGAUACGGUCGCGACUAAGGAGAACAAUGACCGAAAAUCUUGUCUGGCGUCUUGUGUGUCGGUAUAAGGUGUUUUUCCUAGUGGGCUUUAUUAUUUUUGGAAUACAAAUAUUUCUGGCCUACAAAUCAUUGAGUCUAGGUAACAGUGCGACCAAUGAUGAUGGAGCAACCUACUUGGGUCAAUCAUCAUUGGCGGAAAUAAAAGCGAAACCUGCAGCUGGAGCUGAUAGUACUGGUGAUGAUGAAGAUUCAGCCAAUCCCUCAUUGUUGGCGAAUAAAAGGCAACAAUCUGCCUCAUCUUCUUUCUCUUCCAAUAAUGCCGACUUGAAUGGUGAUUCUAUAGCGACGGCCACAUUAAUCUCACCCCAACAACUGGGUUUUAUACCGCCAUGUGAUAUUAUAUCAAAAGAUGCCAUAUCAGCCCUGCAACGGGCAAAAACCAAAGACUGUCGCCAACAUAUCGCUGGCAUUGCCUGUGCAAUACAAUCGGGAAAAUUCUAUCCGAAAACCUUACCCAGCUAUUGUCCAAGCAAUCACACCGCCAACACUCUGCUAGGUUGUUUUCGAGAUGAAAAGAAGUUUCGUCUUCUUUCGGGCUAUUUUGUAAACUUCAAGACAUCGAAUAGCAUAGAGAAAUGCCUUCAACUUUGUCUACAAUCAGGAUUCCCCUAUGCUGGGGUCCAAUAUGGCACGGAAUGUUUUUGUGGCAACGAUGUACCGCCGGAGUCGUCCAAAUUGCCCGAUUCUACAUGCAAUAUGAAAUGUUCGGGUGAUCAACAGGCAAUUUGUGGUGGUUAUUUUGCCAUGAAUAUAUAUGAGACCGGAAUUGCAAAGUUUUCUGCUCAAAUAGCCGAAGCUGGUGUUCAACGUAAUGCAACUAACGAGGAUAAUAUACGAAUUGCAUUUCUAUUAACAUUAAAUGGACGUGCUCUGCGGCAGGUUCAUCGUUUAUUGAAAUCAUUAUAUGCUACCAGACAUGUUUAUUACAUACACAUAGAUGAGCGCCAAGAUUAUUUGUAUCGGAAUCUUUUAGAAUUGGAGAAGAAUUUUACAAAUAUACGUUUGGCACGUACGCGUUUUUCCACAAUAUGGGGCGGAGCAUCACUACUCACCAUGUUAAUGCAAUGCAUGCAGGAUCUCCUUAACUCAUCACAUCAAUGGGAUUUCGUUAUAAACUUAAGUGAAAGUGAUUUUCCUGUAAAGAAGCUGGAGAAGUUGGAAGAAUUCCUAUGGGCCAAUCGUAAUCGAAAUUUCGUCAAGGGUCAUGGACGUGAGACGCAAAGAUUUAUUCAAAAACAAGGCCUGGACAAGACAUUUGUCGAGUGCGAUACUCAUAUGUGGCGCAUUGGAGACCGUAAACUACCCACAGGCAUACAAAUAGAUGGUGGUUCCGACUGGAUCGGUUUAUCGAGGCCUUUUGUGCAAUAUGUUAUCGACAACAAAGAUACCAACGAUUUACUUAAGGGUCUAAUGAUUAUCUUUAGACAUACACUGUUGCCAGCGGAAUCAUUUUUCCACACCGUUCUAAGGAAUUCCAAAUUUUGUGGUACCUAUGUGGAUAAUAACUUGCACGUGACAAAUUGGAAACGUAAAUUGGGUUGUAAAUGUCAAUACAAACAUGUGGUAGAUUGGUGUGGUUGUAGUCCAAAUGACUUUAAACCGGAUGAUUGGACACGACUACAGAAUACGGAAAGUAAAAUGCUAUUUUUUGCCCGCAAAUUUGAACCAAUCAUCAAUCAGGCAAUUAUAUUGAAACUGGAGGAGUGGUUGUAUGGCCCAUAUCCAACAGAUGCUGUGAAUUUACACAGUUAUUGGCAAAGUUUUUACAAUGCCGAGGAUAAACCCACAAAGCAAGACGACUUAACGUUGACGAUAGCCCACAGCUUGGUACGACGUUUGACCCGGCAAUGGAAUACCAAACAGCAUAGAAUUUUGGAGCUCACACACUAUAUGCACAGUGAUCAGUAUAAAGGAUAUUUGCUUAGAUUCGAAUGCAUUGAUUCCUUGUCAAAUAAAACGUACGAAUUGGAAUCUCGUAUACGACCCGUUCAAUAUGCCAAGUUUGCUAAAAAUUCUAAAUUUGCUAAACGUCUAAAGAAUUUUGAAAUUUCCAGUGAUUAUGACCAAAAGGAACAAGUCUCGAGGAAUUAUCAAAAGUUUUUAGGUCCAUAUACGGAGUUGGUAUUGACGUUUACAUUUGUGGGCUCUGCAUCCAAUUCGCCAAAGGACACUUCACAUUCCUAUAACUUGACAUUGUUGUGGAUUGAUCCCAUGGGACGGUUACAGGACUUUAACGAGCUUCAUAUUGAAGAUUCACAAACAGACAAUAUAAAUUAUUCAAAGGCCAUUUUAAAACAACCCUUAUGCCCUGGAAUAUGGACGGUGAAGUUAAUUGGCCGGUCGGCCAUUUAUGCUCAAACAAAAUUUCUGGUUAGUCCUUUGGCAUUUUACAAUCAUCAGACGAUAACGGCAGAAAGGGCACGUCUUAUAAAUGCUGGUGAUGGUUUGACAUUGCCUGAAGAUUUCUCUCUACCUGAGGAAUGGAUUCAAUAUUUACCAGGCCACGAAGAGUCGUUACAAUUGAAGAAAUUGGCGUUGAGAAAUGCUCUGCGUACCGGAGAACAACUAAACGAAUGGAUAGAUGAUUUGACAGGAAAAUUCCAUCAUUUUCGAGAAACAUGUGCAGUUAAUGAAGAUGCCACAAAAUUGUCGACAGCAUCAUUAGAAAUCUUACCAUUAUGUCGAGAUACAUCUUGGAGUACAUUGGCUCCAGAUCCUAAGAGUGAUGUGUUAAAAUUAGCAAACGUAAAAAGAUGA